AUGCUGUCGGCGAGUCUUGUCGGUCGGGAGAGGCACCGUAUGCUGUCUGAAGAUGCUGCUGGGAGGGUAGGAAAUGAAGUGGAGGCACUAGCGGUGGCGCUGGAAAAUGAGAAGGUCCGCAAUGUCCACAUAGAAGCCUAUCUUAAGCACGUCAUCGACGAGACGCAUAGGAAACUACAACAGGCUCAAGCUGAGCUCAACCAGUCGGCAAUUCGGCACCAUCGUGAUGUGGAGGAACUGGCGGGUAGAUUCGCGGUGAAAGCGGCGGCUAUGGAGAGGCGACAGGACCAGGGGAGAGUUGUCGCAGUUUUCAUGCUCUGGCGUUUGAGGAGCAAGGUCGGCCGAAAUGCUGUGAUACGGUUGAGACGAGUGAUGGAACGCUGGUGGCAGCAGUUCAUAAGAGCGCAGAUUAGGGCCGUCAGGCGAGCUCUAAUGCAGGUUGUUGAGGCACGUAGAGUAUAUGCCGAGGCUGUUGUGAAAGGUGCUGACCUGUUGUGGCGCCGAGCUCUCCGUGUGAGGCUAGCGGAGGCCUUCGAGUCAUUGCGGAUUACUGAGCCUAAUCAUGCUUGUGUUGUUAUUCGCCACUCUGCUGGGGUGGAGGAAAUCGUCUUGCGCUGUAUGCGGCGAGGUCAGCUACGAGCCGCGAUAGGGCGGUGGCGUGUGAUCGUCGCUGUGAUCGUCCGGAAGUACUCAGCUUGUGGUUUCCUCUUCCGAGCGGUGGCUAGGGUCGUCAACAUCGAUACGCGUUAUGUUAUUGCUGAGUUGAAGCAACGGCUUGUUGAGCGUCAGAACCGCAAUGAGGAGGAAUGUCGUGUGCUCGCCGUUUUUGUAUAUACCGUAAUUCGGGUAAAUCUCCGAUGGGGAUUGUCCUCUUGGCGGGCCUGGACUCGCUCUGUUGCAAACGACGAUGCCUCUAUGAAGGCCGCCACAAUUCAUCGGAAGACUACUGCGUUGGUCGCGAUGGCUUGUCGAAGUGGAAGCAGACAGAUGUACUGGACGGCGCUCCUCACGGCAUCCAGAGCUUCUCAGCUAGAGCGAGCGCAUCGCCUUGCACGAGCAAUGCACGAACGACGACAAAACACCUACCGUAAUGUUCUCACUUCUUGGGCUCGCUUCUGUCGGCGUAUGCUCGCCGUUCGUCGCCUUCGGAGAGUCCUUGCUCGGGUGGUGAGGGAGGCCUUGCGUCGUCCCAUGGGGGCGUUACUCGCCGCACGGCAAGCCGCCGAAAGGAAGCGUCAAAGUCUAGUCUGCCUUUCUAAUCGCCUCCAGCUUUUCGCAGCCCACCGAAUGAGGGCGUAUCUGAGCUUCUGGCAAGCUACUGUCUUCAGGCUUAAGUACGUUGACCUAGCUCAGCGGUCUCUAGGGGUGGCUCGGAUGGCUAGAGGGAAGCGACGGGCAUUGGCGAGGCUGCGAGGACUUGUUAAAUUCCGUACAGUCCUCUCGGGCCUAGUCUCGGCCCUCCAGCGAGCCCUUCUUCGGUUAGCAGUGUAUUGGUUACGGAAACAGAUCCUAAAGAGUCGGACGGCGAGGUUCCUCACCAGCACGGUCCAACAGGUGGCUCUCAAGCACAGGCUACAGCAGCGGGCUGUUGGUUUCGUCACAUCGCUGAGUGAGGAGGUCACCUGCCGUCAACUGAAAGCAACCUUCCUUGCCUGGCGACGCUACAUUGAGCUUGUUCGGUCGAGGCUUACGAUAGCGUUGAAAGGCGUAGCAAUGAACCAUCGUUGCUCUACCCGUUACGCUUGGAAGAGGUGGAUCGAAUACGUUGGUUGCCAGCUGAGGAACCAGUCGGCGUGGGCAGCCCUCAGGCAGCGGAGGGAGAACUCCACUUCGAUGGGGUUAGUGGUGUUGGCUAAGGUGUUGCAACGAAUUAAGACCAAGCUGUAUGCUCUUGGCUUCUCCUCGUUGGUAGUCGCAACUGCUAGGGCUCAAGGAGUCGAUGAAGCGAAGGGCUUCUGGGUGGCAGAGCUCGAACGAAUUCGAGAGGGCGCAUGUCGGGCCGAAGAAAGGGCUCGGGAAUAUGCGGUGAAGCUACAGCAGGCCCAUGAGGACGUGCGGAAGGCAGAGGCCACCUCGGAGGCGAAUCUCAGGUUGAUCAAAGACUGGCAAGAGCGUGCUGAAAAGGAGCAUGCGGAGCACUCGGACGAAGUUGCCGAGCUGAGGCAGUCCUUAGCAGCUAUUCAGCAGACUCUGAGGAACGAGAGAGAUGCGAAUGUCCAACUGCGGCUUGAGGUUGGGCAAUCCCAGGCUAAGGUUGAGGCACUGUCGCGAGAUGUGGAUCGAGAGAGUCGAGAUAGACUAGUGUUGGCAAGUGAGGUCGCCAGGCUCCGGUCCAGCGAGGUUGACAUGUUGGCUGCCAAACGGGAGGUAGAGGCAAUCGAAGCUGCUAAGAAAGAGUCUGAGAAUAGGGCUCGGCAAUACGAGGAGGAGAUACAGAAACUGCGCCAGAGCGUCACGGAGUGGAAGCAAAUUGCCGAGAAGAAGGAAGACCAUCGUCUCAAGAAGUUGCAGGAGCGUCACAGCUUUUAUAAGCAAAAGUGCAGCUUGCAAGAGCAUCAGUUAGUGAGGAAAAUCCUUGACUCGGCUGAGGAAAGCGAACAUAUAUUCCAGCACUGGGAUAGUUGUUCUGAAGAGGUGUAG